AUGUCGUCGGGGCAAGUGGUUAAGCGUGUCAAAUACAAAGCCACCGUCAAAGACUCUGGCACCCCCGGCGUUCUCAAAUUGGUUUUUAUGGAAUUUCGUUCCCUCUCACUGCAGACGCGAGAUAAGUUUGUUUUCAAGCCCAAUGAUCCUACCUCGAACAACAAGCUCGAUGGUAGUUACAUCUUCGAGUUAGAAAGCUUUGCAGAUCUCCAUGCUUGUCGGGAAUUUGUGGGUAUUGCCCUUAGCAAGCAUGUGCAAGGAGAAGCUACAAAAGUUAUUUCUGAGGAACAGCUAAGCGCUGCUGAAAUGACACUCAGGAUAAAGCUAUUGCAGGAAGAUAGCAAGUUGCAGAGACUUCAUAAGGAACUUGUAGCUAGUGGUAAGCUUACAGAAUCAGAAUUUUGGGCUACAAAGAAGAAAUUGCUGGAUCAAGAUGAAAGCAGAAAGUUAAAACAAAGGAUUGGUUUUAAAAAUUCUUUGAUAUUUGACACAAAGCCUAUGAGUGAUGGACGGAACAUUGCAGCUCAGUAA